GUUAUGCUGCGCUACUUUUGAACUGCUCCUUGAGGUUUUCUUCUUGCUGAGGUGGCACUGACAAGGCCCUGACUCAGCCCAAGAAAGAAGUAAACAAACGCAUGUGGGUUGAAAUUAGACAAAAUUUAAUCUGUAAAAAAUGUCAUCAGAUACUAAUUCGGAUGCCAGUCAAAAGGUUGCUGAUGCACAGGCAUUAAUAAAAGAGAUAAUAGCAGCAAAUUUAAAGUCUGUUUCCCAGUCUAAGCCAAAGGCACCCUUCUCGCCAAGUUUUGUUACAUCUCUUGGUGCCACGACAAAAAGACACUUCCCUUCUACCAUAGUUGCAGUUCCUAGUCACGUCCAAGAUCAUUCUGUUGGAGUCCCAAGUGAAGCUAAAAGGGUUAAGACAGAUCCUGAGAAUUUUGUUGUUAGAGUUGAUGAAGUUGCAACAAGUGGCGAAUCAGUUCACAUUGUUGAUGUAGAUACAAGUGAAAAAAUUAUUAUUAACACUCAACCUGAUAUGGGAGAGAUGGUACAUGAACAGAAAAACGAAUUAUCUCCACAGCAAAAUUUUGUUAUUGCAGAAAUGAAACAACCAGUAAAUCAACAAAUUGUAUUGACAGAAGAAGAACUUGCUGAAAUGCCAGUCAAAGAUUUAAACGCCUUAUUACGUGGAUUACCAGAAUCAGAAGUUUUAAAGUUAAAACAAAAACGUAGAACCAUAAAGAAUAGGGGCUAUGCUCAAACAAGUCGUACAAAAAGAACCACUCAAAAAACAGUUCUUGAAAGUGAAAAAAUCUCACUAGAGCAGCAUCUAAGUAACUUAGCCCGAGAGAACGAAGCAUUGCGUCGUGAAAGAGAUGAAGCUAGAAUUAAACUUGAAGCAUUUGAGCGCUUUGCUGGCAUGAGUGGCAUUGUGUUAAUGACUGGUGAUAAUGGAGAUAUAAAAACUGCAAGUGUUCCAAGUACAGUUAUAGUUAGUUCAACAGGUGAAGUAACAGUGAAUAAUAGAAGCAUCAAAGUUGAAACAAGCAACAACAAUCAAAAUUUUCUUUCUACAAAACUGAACAAUGAACAUGUUUCAACUGCAUUGAUUCCUGACCCUUCUUUGCUGCGAAAGAAAGAUGACAAUCACUGAUUGUGGAACACAGUGUAUAUAUAUAUCCAUGCUACCCUUCUUAUAAGUAUCUAUUUUAACCCUACUAAAUCUGUAAUUAUUAAAAAAAGAGGAGUAUUAAGCUAA